UUUAAUGAUAAGAGUACUCUAUGCCAUUAUGAGUCAAGAAUGCAAAUUCCACUAACUCAUCAAGGAAAAGGAAAUGGUAAUACCAUAAUGGCCAAAUGUUUAAAUAAAAAAAAAUGCAAAUAAAAUUAUUAUCAAUAAAUUUAACAAGCGCGACAAAAAAAUUAAAUGCAGAUACUUGUCCUCUAUAUUUUAAAAAGAAAGAAAAAAAUAAGUACUCUGACGUAAAAGUUUUUAAACAAAAUAUUGAGAAUAGUAAAAUAAUUCCUCAUACAUUGAAUUUUGAUCGCAUAGCCUGUCCUCUUUGUAAAAAAAAGGUGGAUUCUAUGGAUAAAAUGCCUAUAAAAUCUCAGCAAAAAAAACAUAGUGAACUAUGUACUUGCGCUACUCCUUGUAAGUGUAAUCCACCUUGUAUCUACCACAAUAACGCUGAUAAAAAGAAAAUUACUCGUAUAACACCUAAUGAUUUUCCGUCUUCAAAAAUACUUUUAUUAAUAAAUAAAAAAAUUCGAAAAACGAGAGAAGUUAAGAAACAGGGAGCUAAGAUAACAGUGUUCCCUAAAAAACUAAAAAAUAUUGAUUUAGGCCAGUCUAGCGUUGAACGAAAGAUAAACCUGAUCCAAAAAUCAAAAUCUCCAAAAAAAAUUGUCAAGUCUUGUGUGUGCGGUAAUCCUAUUUGCAAGAAGGAGUCAAUAAAAAAGUUAGUUAAACUUAGACCAAAGUUAAAAAAAGUUACCAAACCUUGUAUAUGUGGCAGCCCAAUGUGUAGUUAUGACACAAGAAAAAUGCAGUCGAAACCCCUCUCUACUGUAGAAAAGAAAAACAUGAAAAAAACUUAUAAGAAAAAGAAAAAAAAUAAGAAGGAAAAAUUAAUGGAAAAACUUAAAAAUAAAGAAGCUCAGUUGCGCAAUGAGCAAUAUAAACGGGAAGAUGAAAUUCGUCGAAAGGAGCGAAAAAAACGUGAUAAAUAUAUGGAUGCUCAAAUUAAAAAGUAUAAGAAUACCAGUGACAUCUUACUUGCUGCUGAAUCUAUUUUAGAUAUCGGAAGAUUAGGUAUGUCGGCUGGAAUGAAUAUAAUACGCUGUGCAUCCAGGGCUGUCGUAAACCCUAAAAGAACAAGCGAAAUAUUGAAGAGUUCAGCGAGAGAUCCAUCACGGAUCUUGGUUAAUAUUAAAAAUGCGUUAAGUGACAGUGGGACAGCUUCCACCUGGAAACGAAUAUGUGCAAGGCUCCGUGCUAUGUCUCACAUUACGGCAGCUCGUAAUAAGCUAGAGCAGUAUGCUUUUACCCAUUUUCUGUUACAUGCUGCAGACAAAAAUCCCAAGCGUAGGUUAAAACACAAGAAUAAACGACAGGAAAAAAAGAGUAAAGAACCAAUUGAUUUUGCGUGUAGUUUGUUUAUGGCAUCAUUAAGAAAAAAGCCUUGUUUGGCUGUUUAUUACAUAUGCCCGUGGUUUUACCCGCAUUGUAUUAACUUUUUGACAUUCUGGAAGCAAUUUAUGAAUAUUAUGUUAUUUUUGCUAGCUGUCACUGUGUGGAGCCCAUGCAUUUUAGCUAUGGAACUCUGUAGAGCUAUGAUGUGUUGCACUUUCUGUACUGCUUAAUAUAUAAAUUUGAAAUGAAAUAAAGAUAUUGUUAUUUUUUUUCUUAAUUUAAAUACAUGAUAUAUAGGUACCAUAAUAUAUUUGAAGAAGCAAUUGUGUCCCUAUAACUAAAUUGAAAAAUUGAAUCUCCACCAUUAUUGUUUUUUAUGACGUCUCUCUUCGGUGAUGUAGUGAUUUAACAUACAACCUAGUAUAUUUGCGACUUCGA